AUGUCCGCCUACUCGUCCGAAGACGACCUCCCUGAUCUCAGCGCCAUCUUUGCGCCGAAGCCGUUGAUGGCCACCAGCACAAACACCGGGUUGCGACGGUCCCCACGCAAGAAGCCCGCCCUCGAGGAGUCCACGUCGCCACAGAAGAAACCACAAGGAGGACCGAGUCCUGUCAAGAGACGUGAGCUCAACAACUCCCACCUCCCGGGCAAUCUUCGUUGUCGCAAAGAAGCCACGAAGCCGGAAAAGCCAACCCGGACCAUCCUCAAACAUGUCCCGCUUCUCCCUCGAAAUCUAAACGUUGCCGAGACCCACGUCACUUCUAGCAACCGCCGCUCACCUGAGAGUCCUCAGAGAAGUCUGAGAUUGGCCCAUGUAGACUCAUUGCUCAUUCCACUGAAGGCCUUGGCUGUGGAAGACGACGGGUGGUCAGUGAGGUUGGCAGAGUCGUCAAAGACUGAGAACCUACUCAAUCCUCGAGAGCGGGAGGAUACAUCGCGGCCAACAAGAGGUGACAAUCGCAAAAGAAAGCAGGUGUUUAAUCGUGCAAGCAGAUUCGUCAUGAAGGAGGCUCGAUGCCACGACGAUAGUGGGGAUUCAGGCGCAGACGAAGAAGAGGAUGAUGAGGACACAGAUUUGAGCGGCUUCAUUGUUGACGAUGACGCCGAACUGAGCUACUACGAAACUUCAUCGUCAGAUCCGGACGAGGAUGAUUAUCGCAGACCAACAAUAAAAGCCUCACAAACGCGUCCGCGAAGACGGCUGCACCGGGGAUCGCCAACUCGGCGACGCCUCAGUUUUGGUGACCAUGGAGGGUCGGACACGGAGAAUCAGCAGGAGGAGACGUUAUCAAAAGCACUGGGAGAUAUUUCUCUAGGGGAUAACGAAUCCCAUGUUCGGAGAGGAGAUGUUGAAACGAUCGACCUCACCUCGUCCCCGACAGUUGUUCCAGACACCACGUUUAAUGCUCAACCCAGCUCACUCUCACUUCAAUCACAGCAUGAGAUUCCAUCAAAUCCUUUUCAAGACCCAAAUCGUCUCAAGAACUUCGACAAUCUUCCUCAGCUUCCUCCACCUCCUGCUGAGCCUGUCUUGAUGAUUCCCUCGAAGGACCAGUCUGUCGAUACCGAUUUUGACAAUGACUUUAAAGACGUCGUUGAGAAGCCCAUCCACAAAAGGGAAGAUCACUUCAAGACACCACCUGCCACACCACCUCGAUCACCCUCAAAACUCAAGUCACCCUCAAAAUUGCUAUCCCCUUCCAAGCGACAGUUCAUCCCACAAUCCCCACAUCGCCAGAGUAUGGACGCUUUCUGGGAUCAUAAUGUGAUCAACGAGUGGAAUGACGAGUAUUCUCCAAAGAAGGCACCGGCGACGUCUCCAAGAAAGGGGCCGCUUGGUCGGUUCCAAGUGUGGUCAGACUCAGAGGACGAGGAGCAAGACAUGUUUUUCGAUCGUUCGGAUUCACUUCCCAGUCCUUGCUUGUCACCGACCAAGUCGAAAUCAGCGUUCAAGAGUCCCGAGAAGGAAGAGAAGAAACGAUUAGCAGAAGAGAAGCGGACAGCUGCAGCAAGGAAGAAGGCUUUUGACUCUAAGAAACAACAGCUUGCGCUCGACUUGUUACACGAGCUCGACGAUAAGGUCGCCAACUCCCAACUCGACCGAUUGGCGUCCAGCACAGGCGGGGUGCGCAUCAUCUGGUCAAAGACUCUGCGUUCAACGGCUGGCCGAGCGAACUGGAAGAGAACGAUCACCAAGCCAUCCGGCUCACCCAUAAAGGGCGGCGAUGUAAAUGAGUCUAGGGAAUCGGGAGUGAAGGUGCAACACUAUGCGUCAAUCGAACUGGCUGAGAAGAUCAUCGACGGCGAAGACCGUCUGGUCAACACACUGGCGCACGAGUUCUGCCACUUGACGAACUUCAUGAUCAGUAACGUGCGCGAUCAACCCCACGGCGCAAGCUUCAAGCAGUGGGCUGCCAAAGUCACGUCGCAUCUGCGAUCGACUGAUGUCGAGUCCUGGAAGAACGUGCACGUCACUACUAAACACAGCUAUGUAAUCAACCACAAAUAUCUCUGGGUUUGCGUCGGCCGCCAGGACAAGUCUGCCGCUAGGGAUUUUCUCAACUUGGGGGAGGACGAAGGAUGCGGAGCGGAGUACGGACGACAUAGUAAGAGUGUUGAUGUCGAGAAACAUCGAUGUGGGAAGUGUAAAGGAAGAUUGGUCCAAGUCAGACCGAAGCCUAGAGCGAGUCCUGUCAAGAAGGAGAAACCAGAAGCAAAAGAGCCGCCGAAUCUGAAAAGAGAAGAGAGUGCCGAGAGUACGACUUCGGGCAGCAGCACCACCAGCAGUGGCGGUGGACUGGGCCGGAUGAUUGAGAUGAUUGAGCUGAGUGACUGA